CGCGUUGACGUCCCUUUGAAAUUGACGUCUAAAAAAACUAUUUAUACGCUUCCCAAAGAACACAAUGCUCUAGUGUUAUAUUUUAGUGUUCAUAGAAAACCUUAUUUCCUUUCAGCGUGCAUCCGUCUCAUUUCGUGGAUCUUGUAAAGGCUGGUUUUGUCAAUUUUAAUUUAGGAGCAAAAUCAAUUCAGUGAAUGAUAAAAUAAAACCAGCCUUUACGAAUCACGUAAAGACAGAAGAAAAUGUAAUUAAUCAGCGCUUAAUAAUAAAAAAAUAGAAUAUUGGAUACACUAAUAGUGCAAAGGACUGUCACAGCUUGAAAUGACCCAGCCGAGCUGAAACAAGCGCUAUGGUCGCUUAUAGCGAGUUCACGCCAACAUGGCCGACGAAGAAAAACUGCCGAUUCCCCCCACAUUUCUCGAGAAAGUGCUCUUUUACACGACAGCGACCUUCGUCCUCCUCGCCACCUUCAGUCUCUUCGCUUUUCUCUUCUUAGUUCCGUUCGUCAUAGAGCCAGCAUUCACGACAAUAUUCAUGCAAUUCGAUCCAGUAGCAGCGUUAUGUGUCACCGCCCAAGUGAAACAUUUAAUCGGCGCCAGUAACUGUUCCUGGGCCUCGUGUAGAGAAGGCUGUACGAAAGAUUUAUACGAAUGCACCCAGAUCAGAGUCAACUACAAGUUAGGCUAUCCCCCUAACAUAACCGCCACCGAAUACGAAACACUCAUUAGAGCCGAACGAUCGUUGAGAAAGGACUACGAUUACGACAACUACGAAUCCCCCCUAGAAUCACCAGAUAUGGAUAUGGAAAACCAGGAAAUACCGGACGCGAUACCUACGGGCUUACAGGGAAACGACUCAGAGUGGUAUUUUACUGGUGCUAGAUUAUUCCCAAACGUCAAAGGGUGUGGUUACCCGCCGAUACUUAAUUGCACCAUUUUCUACGGAAAGUACAAGCCGCUCGGCACCAAUUACUCAUGCUAUUACAGCCGAGUAGACCCCGGCUUAGUCAUUACGGAGCUGGAUAUGUGGCAGAACACACUUAACUUGGUAUACGCGAUGGCGAUACCGAUCCCAUCGUUCAUAAUUUCAGUGAUAUAUUUGACGUUUGCGUAUUUUAAGAUCUAUAAUACGGAAGAGGAGUCCGAACAGGCUCCGCUGCAGAGCGACGCUGAGGCGAUGGCGACCGGUGACGACGGGAAACCGACUACGCCAGGCUCGGACACUUUUAGAGAAGAUCUCGCGUGCUUCGGGCAUCAAUUGAAGAUGCAACUCGCAAACGAAAAGUCUAAGGAAGGCUUCGAAUCAAAUAGUCCCCCUAUUUCCAAUUCUGCUUCAUUAUCUGGGACCAAGUCGUCUUUCGUGAACGCCUAAUGAAAAACUCACACUGAGAUGACAGGGCUCCUGAAGAGGAUUUGGCUACAGAGUGCAUCACGAAUUGACUUGAAUGAUACCAAUGAACAUUUUUAAUAUCGCUCGAAUCGUGGUCACCGUAGCGCAUCAUAACAUGAUCGUGAUCAUAGGACACUUGACCACGAAUUGGUCGAAGAAGAUUUUUAUAAAGCGUUGUGAAGUUCAAUGACAUAAAAAUGUUUUUCGUGACAACAUAUAUUUAAAUGUUGAAUAUUUAAUACAUUGCUUUUAAUGUUUCAAAGCUAUUUAAGGGCUUUAUAAUUUUUCAACUUGUAUUAUAUUCUUUAACGCUUAGACCUUCUUUUAUAAUUAACUGUUAUUUCUACUGAUCGAUGGAAUAAUGUAAAUAUAAAAAAAAUCUCCUAUUAAAUUAAUAAUUUGUAAGAAUAUAAAUGUCAUAAAAUACUUUAAAAAUUCUAAAUGAAAUUCGUCCACUCUUAUUAUUGAGAUAUUGGAAUGCAUUCGGUGAAUACGAAAAUAUUCGCGUUAUUGAAUUAAAUAAUAUAAAAUAUAUAAACCCUUUUAUAAAGCAUUGCUCAAAAAGAUGUAUUUGAAAUUUUUUAAUACAAGUGUUGUCACGAAAAUCUAAUUAUAUUAUAAUUAGAUAUUUAAAAAAAAGAAUUUUAUCUCCUAACAAACAUAAGUCUACUACGCUCGCAGGCUGAUGUGUCAAAAUGCACGCGUCUUAAUACAUAUAAUAUAUUUACAAUUAUU